ACCACUCCAGUUUGGGAAUGACCAAUGCGCAGAGGAGCACACCGAGAGGGAAAGAAGACUUUGCGCAGCCAGAUGCAGCACAUUCCAACUCUUCACCAGCUUGUACUUGGACCUUCCUCUUGAUGGGGAAACAGUAAACUCGUGUCUUACAGUCGCAGAGAGACGCACUGAGCAGCGCUGAUGUGAGAUCCAACACGAGGAGACAUGUCUACCGCGCAAGGACUCCUCAACAGCGUCUUCUCCUGCUCCUCUCCUGCCUCCAAAGCCAUAACCAAACGGAGGCUACGCCAAACCCGGAGCCUGGACCCCGCUAUCAUACGACACUGUGACACCGGGACCGAGGCAGCGAGUGGUGCGCCGUUUUCUGGAGCCGCCGCGGACGCAGGUGCGUCCCCGGAGCGCUCGGCUGUGAAGCCGGCUUUACGCACCAAGAUCCCGACACUCAAGGAGCCCAUCACGCCGUCCCUCUCCUCUCCUUCCAUACCGCUGGAUGUUUCUCCAUCCUCCAACUUCCACUUUGACUAUGAUAUAGAGAGGCGUGCCAAAAGGAAUACCGCCGGGGAUUUACCGUAUCUGGUGAGGGGACCCGGCGCGGCGCAGUCAGGGAGCACCGGCACGCUCUUCUCGCCGCGGAGGUGGCUGCAGAGGAAAGUGCAGCCGUCCAGCUCUCACGCUUAUGUUGUGUGGAAAUCAGAGGGUGAUUUCACCUGGAGCAGCCUGUCGGGGCGGAGCGUGCGUCUGAUGCCAGUCCCGAUCCAGAGCCUGUCGGAGCUGGAGAGGGCCAGGCUGCAGGAAGUGGCGUACACCCGUUUACACCAGGACUAUGAUCUGGGGUGUCAAAUCACCAUGCCAAAAGAUGGGCAGAAGAGGAAAAAGUCCCUGAGGAGGAAGUUGGACUCGCUAGCAAAAGAGAAGAGUAAAGACAAAGAAUGCAUACCCCAGGCCUUCAGUAUAGCGCUCUCCCAGGUCAUUGCUAACGACAGAACGCAUAGGCAGCGCCAGGAUGGCUAUCGUCAGGACCCUCCACAGCGCGAGGAGCAUAAGGACUCCUCUGACCUCGUCUCGUCCAUUUUACAGUUUGCCACCAAACGGCCGUCCAAUAAGGAGCUAUCCAGCAGUAACUCUUCUUUGAGUUCCACAUCGGAGACAGCCAAUGAGUCAACGUCACCCAACACGCCUGAGGCUGCACCCCGAGCACGCAGGAGGGGCGGCAUGUCAGUGGACUCCAUCACAGACCUGGAUGACAAUCAAUCCCGCCUCCUGGAGGCCCUGCAGCUCUCUCUCCCGGCUGAAACGCCAAGUAAAAAGGAGAAGCACCGGGACAAGAGGCUGAGCCUCAAUCCCAUCUACCGUCAGGUGCCCCGGGUGGUCGACAGCUGCUGUCAGCACAUCGAGAAAUAUGGUCUGCAGACUGUGGGGAUCUUUAGAGUGGGAAGCUCUAAGAAGAGAGUCCGACAGCUACGUGAGGAGUUUGAUCGCGGCAUUGACGUUCAGCUGGAUGAGGAGCACAGCGUGCACGAUGUGGCUGCUCUGCUUAAAGAGUUCCUCAGGGACAUGCCCGACCCUCUUCUAACCAAGGAGCUCUACACGGCGUUCAUCAACACCACAUUGUUGGAUCCAGAUGAGCAGCAGACUGUCACUCAGCUAAUGGUCUACCUGCUCCCAGCAUGCAACAGUGACACCCUACACCGCCUCCUUGAGUUUUUAUCCACCGUGGCCGACCACGCCCACGACCGGCACGACAAAGACGGACAGGAGACCACAGGGAACAAGAUGACGGCUCUGAACCUGGCCACCAUUUUUGGCCCCAACCUGCUUCACAAGCAGAAGAGCUCGGACAAGGAGUUCAGCGUCCAGAGCUCAGCGCGGGCCGAGGAGAGCACGGCUGUCAUCGCCGUGCUGCAGAGGAUGAUCGCCAGCUACCCAACCCUCUUCAUGGUGCCUCCUGAUCUGCAAAACGAGGUUUUGAUGAAUCUGCUGGAGACGGAUCCAGAUGUGGUGGACUACCUUCUGAGAAGAAAAGCAUCACAGAGUCCCGACCUGUUACAGCCAGAGGAGCCCUUCACCCUGAGUGAGCGCCAUUCCUCCAGCGACUCCAACAAGGUGUCCAGCGGCGAGGUGUCCCCUUAUGACAACAACUCCCCGAUCCUGAGUGAGCGGAGAGGGGAACCGGGAAGCCCGGGCAGCGAGCCGCUCUUCCGGGUCCCAGAACAGUACACUCUGGUGGGGCAGGUGGCCGGCUGGAGCAGAGAGCCUGGGGCCGACACUUGGGGGGCCAAAGACGCCAUAUCAGAGGAACAUGCAAACAUUUGGGGGACAUGGCACACUACGCUUAAACCAGCGCUCAAGGACCAAGUAUACACAGGUUCCCAUGGCAACAUAUCAGAGGGAAGCUCCCGCAGCUCACAGGAAGGUCUUGACGGACUUCACGGCGACGGCAGGCAGAAGGCAUUGCUUCAACGGACUCAGACAGCGUCUGGCAUCACAGAGUGCAGACCCCACCCCCCGGUGACCAGAGUGUGCAUCAGCCCUCAUGUGGAGGCAGGACAACCGCGGCUGCAGCUCAACGCCAACCCUUCCAUCACGUCACACCUCAACAGCACACAUCGAGCAGGCGGGCAUGGACUCAACUCGACCUCCAGACCUCAAGGCGGGGCGAACACUGGUGACGGUGGCCCCGCUGUGCUUAACGACAGCCGCUUUCCUCCCCCUUAUAGCGCCCACCAUCGACUGGCUAGUUCGCAAAGUUCACCGCAGCUCGGACCGGCUCAGCGGCCCCCUCUACAGCAGGGGAGGCUGAGUGCAGCGCAGAGUAACUCAGCCUCGACAGCGGAGAACCAAAUGUCGCCACAUAGCCCGGAGUGGCAGGACUGGCAGAGGGACCGGUGGCAGAUCUGGCAGCUGCUGUCUUCGGACAAUGCCGACGCGCUGCCUGAAACACUGGUGUGAUGUCCGACCAUGAACUCUAGCUUAAUCUCUGUAGAGAUUUCACUCAAACGACUGAACCCCUCCAGUGACAAUCACUCCUUAUCCCUACCUUCAUUUCAUGUUUUCUCUCAGAGGCCUUCCAUCCGUUCAUCUAUGAAUUUCACCCUUCCCAUGAACCCCCUGUGCUUUUCCUGCAUCUUAGCGCCAUGGCGUUGUUGUUUACGUGUUCAGCUGCUGCCUUAUACAGACUUUUACAUCCAAGAGCCACUAGUAUUCCAUGUUUCGAAUGGAUGUUCAGACGUUGCUUCUGUGUGUAGCCCAUUAUGUUUUGAUUUGGGAGCAUUAAAAAAAUGCCCGCCAGAAAUACCUCAAAAAACUAUCCUUUCACAGCUCCUCAGAAUGUUACCACGACCAUAUUUUCUAUUCAGCAGGAGUUCGGUCUUCAUAUCUCAAUGGAAAUCAAUAGGAAAACAUUUGUUUCUGUAGUUACAUUUUCAUUUCAUCAUUUUAAAGUUUUUUUUUUAAACCUUUUCACCAUACAGACACUACGAUGUACCUGUUAGUAACUGCUGCUAAAUGUAGAAUUUUUGUGUGCGUACUGGUGAUGUAGUUCAGCCACACAAAUGUUAAAUUACUUUUUUCAACAUCAGAUUAUGUUUGAUGUAUAUAUACCAACAUACAUAAACAAUAUAUAUGUAAAAAUUGACAUGUAAAGUAUGUAAUUUGCCAACCUACCAAAAGAACGUCAGUCCUUUAACUGGCAGUCUAAAUGUUGGUGUUCGUCGGACUGCUGUUUAUGUCUUCAAUAUUGAAUGUAGAUGACUUCAUUUAUGGCAAAAAAUGCUUCGACCUAAUUGUAAAGCUGUAAGUUUGCUUAUGUGCUCUCGCCACGAUGUGCCAAAGUCUAUUUUUUUUUUUUUUUUUUUUUUU